GCGAUGGCGGAGCGGUGAGCUGGCGUUCCGUGGUGCUGGGAGCGGUGCCUUAAAUCGCGCUGUGGUGGGCACGGAGCAGCGCUGCGAGAGCGCCCGGCACACACGGCAUCGGCAUGGAGCUGCUAAUUAAAUAAACAGCUCAUUAGGUGCCGUUAGCGGGCUGCGUUUGUGCCCGCGUUCAGUACGGUGUUGGAUAGUGCUGUGGAUCUGCGUAUAAAGGGCUGCGCUCGGGGCUGGGCCUGCCGUAAAUCUUUCUGCAAGGUCCUGCGGUAGAGCUGGUGCAUGCAUUAGGUCAGCUGUUGUGUGAGAUGCUGCCAAGUGCUGCUGUCUAUUACUUCCCGUGGGAGAUCAACAGCUCGGUCCCUGAGGGGAAGACACUGAGGACAUUUGGCAGGUUAUGCUGCUAUGACCUGGCCCGAUCUGAAGCCAUUCUCACCACGCAGCACAACUCGGCUCAGUACCAGGUCUAUGUUGACACCAAGUUUGUGGAGCCAUUCCAAGCCCAAGUGGGAUCUUCCUACAUGGUCCUGGGAGAGGCUGAACACAGGGAAGAAACUUCCAGUCCUGUGGUAAAAGCACGAAUAUUGACCUGUGUGGAGGGGAUGAAUGUGGCCCUGCUGGAACAAGCCAUACAGGAGCAGAGGAAAUACUUCAAUGAGAGGCAGGAGCAGAGGGAAAGCAGCACAUCCUGAGAGCAGCUCUGAGACCAGCCACACGCUGGUCCUUGCACUACCAUUUGCAGCAAAUAUGUUCAAAGUAAAUGAGGGUAAUUUAGUAAAUUAGUAAAUUUGCUGUGGCAAACGGCAAAGUCACUGAGCAGGGAAACACUUGGAGACUGACUCAAUGUGUGUGACUGUGGGCUCUCCAUUUCUGCCCCAGGUGUCAUGACUGAAAAUAGCUCUGGGAAGCAGGUUUGUUGUUUGCUUGAAAGGGUGGCUAAGGAAAGGGAACACUUGGGUUACACUGGUUCUUCCUAUUGUGCAUUGUGAAAGAAGUCAGAAGAAGUCUCUGAAUGUGGAGUUAAGCAGCUCACCUUUGGCAGAUGGGGGAAAAGGGUAUUAGCACAAAGUUCAUUAGCCCUGCCUGGCUGUGGGCCCAUGAGUGCCUGUAUUGGGGAACCCUGACUCAGCUGCCACACAGGAACAUUCCUGGCAAAACACUCACCUAUCUGGACUGACCAAAGAAACAAGAAGAACAAAGAGUCACUAUUUUCAGUAGCACCUGCCUCUACAGGUGGGAAGAACUGGUAUCUAAGGGGAGGAUUAAUUCUAACUCUAAAAUAAAUAUUAGCAGUACCCUGAGUACUUGACUUUCUUCCUUGACACAACUAAGUUUAAGAGAGCUGAAAUCACUAUUUUUGAAGUAUCAAAAGAUUUUAAUUGAAAUUUUCCUAAAUAAAGAUGA